CGGACGAGGCAGCCUCUUGAAGACUAACUGCUGGCAGAAACAGCUUCCCGCCCCCCUCUCCUCCUGCCUCGGGCCCCCAGCGCCACCCCAACGGUCCCGGGAGGCCUGGGGCCCUUCGGGUAAUGCAGGUGGCCUCUGCCUCGGACUGGCCCGCGGAUUCCAGCGUGCUGCCUCCGGGCUACACCCCCACGACAUUGGGUCAAGGAGUAAGCAAAGCAUUCAAGAAGAAAGUCAAGAAGAACGUCAUCAUGGCUUCAGUGUCUACUCAUGAAGACCAAGAGAAAGGGCCCCACUUGCCACCACAGAGCAAGAAGAGUUUCUUGUUCUGUCCAAAAUCAAAACUGCACAUGCACAAAGGAGAGAUUGCCAAGAUUAUCCGAGAAUGUCAAGAAGAAAGUUUCUGGAAGAGAGCUCUGCCUGCUUCACUUGUUAGCAUGCUAAUUACCCAGGGAUUGGUCCACCAAGGUUAUUUAGCAGCUAAUCCAAGAUUUGGAUCAUUACCUAAAGUUGCACUUGCGGGUAUCCUGGGAUUUGGCCUUGGAAAGGCCUCCUACAUCCGAGUGUGCCAGAGUAAAUUCCACUCCUUUGAAGAUCAGCUUCGUGGGGCUGGUUUUGGUCCACACCAUAACAGGCACUGCUUGCUUACCUGUGAGGAAUGUAAAGCAAGGCGUGGAUUAAAUGAGAAGGGAGGCUCCCACCCUUCUGCUUCCUAAACUCCAUGUCUGUGGCUUUUGAAGUUUUUAAAUCCCUGAAUUUGUGCACAUUUAAAAUUUCAAGUGUACUCAAAAAUAAUAUACUUCUGAUGAAAGAGA